AUGGCGCUAGUGUCCCGGACCCGCCCUUCUGAGGACACCUCGGGCUCCCGGAGUCAGCGAUGCAGCUCAUCGAGGAGCAGCCGUUCCCUCAGUCACCCCCAGGGCCAUGAGGGCCUCAAGCCUCCGUGGAGUCCGUUGGCGGGCACUCUUCCCCCCAAUAGCGGGCCCAGGUCUCAGGAGCCAUUCCCCCGGUUCAGCAACUACGCCUUCUCGUCCUUUUCUUCCAAGUACUGCGGUGGACACCGAUACCAUCACCACCACUAUGCAGGUGACUUGCAGUGUGCCCAAGACUACGAGAUGGAGGAGGAGAGCUAUCGGCAGAGGAAGAUGAAAGGGAGGGAGAGGAUCGGGGAGUUGGGUGCUCCUGAGGUGUGGGGGCUGUCUCCAAAGUAUCCUGAGCCAGAUUCUGAUGAACACACCCCAUUUGAAAAUGAGGAGGUAAAAACUCAGAAGACCAGUUCGGAUUUAAGCUCCGACGAAAAAAGGAAAAAGAUCAGGCAUUCAAAAAACAAGAAAAAGAGAAAGAAAAAGUCCAAAAGAAAAUAUAAGAAAUAUGAUAAUAGUGACAGUGAAUCAGACUCUGACACGAAUGCUAGCUCUGAUGAUGGGGAAAAGAGAACCAAAAAAGCCAAGAACAGAGAGAAGAAAAAGAAGUACAGAGGAGGGAAAACAAAAGAAAAGAAAAAGAAGACUAAAAAAGAAUCCAUUGACUUAAGCUAUAAAGAUUCGGAAGGGGAGUUGCCAGAAGAUAUCUGGAUUAAACACUCAAAGAUUGCAGAUACCAUGGAUCUAAUAGGUCCAGAAGCACCUGUAAUACUCACCUCUCAAGAUGAGAAACCAUUGAAAUAUGGCCAUGCUUUGCUCCCUGGUGAGGGUGCAGCUAUGGCUGAGUAUGUAAAAGCUGGAAAGCGUAUCCCACGAAGAGGUGAAAUUGGGCUGACAAGUGAAGAGAUUGCUUCAUUUGAAUGUUCAGGUUAUGUUAUGAGUGGUAGCAGGCAUCGAAGAAUGGAGGCUGUACGGCUGCGUAAAGAGAACCAGAUCUAUAGCGCAGAUGAGAAGAGAGCCCUUGCGUCCUUUAACCAAGAAGAGAGAAGGAAGAGAGAAAAUAACAUUCUGGCCAGUUUCCGAGAGAUGGUGUACAGAAAGACAAAAGGGAAAGAUGACAAAUAGGAAUUUUUGUUUUGCAG